UGAAUUCAAGGCAGGUACAGGACUUGGGGUAUACUGGAUAGUGCGUGAAUUCAAGGCAGGUACAGGACUUGGGGUAUACUGGAUAGUGCGUGAAUUCAAGGCAGGUACCGGACCUAGAUGACACUGGAUAAUGUGUCAGUUCAAAGAGUUGCACUGCCGAGACUAGCCCUGAUCUGCAGAACGUCAUGCUUCACCCGAUCUCUAGAUCUCAAACACCGUUAGAGUUGCAAGUAAACAUUCGAUUAAUUUUCCAGGACGCUAUGACUGAAAUCGAUAGCGUAUGUCCUGCCGUACCUUGUCUUAAUACUUUAUGUGACGUAGUUUCGAUGUUUCUUAUAUCCUACUGUCUUCUAUAAUCGAUCGACAAUGGCUUUUUUCGUGUUUUCCAUUUUGGUCCACACAAGCUGCUCAAGUCUUCCGUGAUGGUACUCCAUGUUGGUGGGUUCGAUAUCUGGUGACAUGUUUUAACAGCUCCUUCUGACAAGACCAGUAAACAAUGUAUUGGGCGUUACAUACUCAUAGCAUACCGUCCUCGUACUAAUUACUGUCGGAGUGUGAGGAUGCGUUCUUACACCAGUGAACACGGACUUUUCCACCCUUACUGAACAUCCCGUCUCUGAGAUCGAUAUCCCCCCGAUCAAAGGUACUCUCGGCUUUCUUUGUAUAAUCAAGAGCUGGUUAGCAAAUGACUUCCCCUGUUAACGGGAACAUCAAUUUUAGAAGUAGUUUGUGUCUAUUUAUUUUGUUUCCCAAUUUUCAGACUUGAGUCCGUAACAUAGCAUCGUUCGACAUGAAGGCUACACGGAAAGCCCUAUAAAGACAUCCAUCUCACAACCGCGAAAUUAAUAUUUCAUGAACUGCAUCAAAGUGAAGGAUUGAUUAAAGAAUACGGCAGCGCGAAAUAUAAGCCUUCUAGAAUAAUAGGGCAACCGUGAAUGAAGCCAACCGACGUUAUUGGGACAUCAGCGUUCCCGGGGGACAGAGCAUGCGGCAUGAGGUGUUACAGACGCUUCGCUAAUACAACUGACUACUUCACCCGCACCGGCAGCGACAUCAGCAUCCAUACAGCGGACAAGGAAGAUCUGUGAAAUCACGCGGAACUGAAAAAACUUACCUCAAAACUUUUACCCUUUUAAAUUAUGAAGUGUGAAUAGUUGGUUUGUGUUGAGAGGAAGAGUGUUAUUCAUAUGAACAGAUUUGUUGUGGGGGUAGCACUUUGUGUUCUCCUUGUUCUCACUUACUGUCCCUGCAGGUUGGGGUGCUCUGUGCCGUCACUGACCACUGCAUCCCCCCAAACCAAAGGAUCGAAACUGCGGGAAUAGGCCAGUGGAAACCAGUAUUUAUUCAGUUAAAGGUUCUAACGUUAGUCAAACACUGGCUGCAGCGUCGGCCGACCCUCGCAGCACGUCCCCAACGUCUGCCCUAGGACAACCGCACGACCAGAAGAACUUUCGAUUUCUCGGCGGGUAUAAGUGAUGACAGUGAUAACCUCUUUCACUGAAGCCGCCGUGUACUGGCCGAGCAGCUCCGAGAGCGGAGACGACUAGGCUCCCGUGCCCCCACGGAUGGCUGGAGGUUCCAGCUAUCUCGGAUGAGCUCUAUGUGCAUCGAUCCCUAUCGGAAGCUUGUGUAGUCGCCGGCGGGAGAUCGAGAAGACUCUGCUAUAAACACGCUUCUGUUCGCCAGCCAACUCGCUGUGGUGACAGACGAAGGCACUGCAACGUGCUGCAGCAGCUGAGACUGUCGUGUGUCACAUCGUCUGUCAGUUCCUUGAGUGUUCAGUGCCGGGUGUGAAAAUUAAGGAUACCGUAUCAACCCACACGACUGUGAAACCAGUGCCACCCGCUUGAUGCAAGGGGAUACGUCUUUGAUUGUACAUAUUGGCUGCCGACACAGUGCAUUUGUGUUCAGGUAGCCCAGUGUGGGUCGUUCUCCUAUGCAAUGCAGGAAGAUGUUCGAAGUUUGGAAAAUUCCCCGUUGUUUUGUGUCCCUGCUUCCAACAGCCCAAGCAGUGCUGCUGUUGCUGUUGCUGUCGUCGCUGUCACAAUCAGUGAGGCCCACAGAAGGACAAGGCGGCAUAGACGACCCGGCAGCUCAAUCCAGGGAGAGUGUAGAGGACCAACUACAGAAUAGCAGUGGGGUGCCAGUUAAGAACAGCGUACACGAACGCAGCGUGGAGCGGCCGCCCCUGCACCUUCCACCUAAGCAGGCAAUAUCGACUGAGAAAAUCCUCAUUAAAAAGUUAUUGGAGCGUUACGAACGCCAGGGACGAGUGGGUCGACCGGUGAUACACACUAACGACAACCUCACCGUUUACUUUGGCCUUUCACUCAUACAGAUUCUAGACGUAGACGAAACAAACCAAGUACUGAAAACAAAUAUAUGGUAUCACUAUGAAUGGACGGAUGUUUUGUUAUCGUGGAACAGAACAGAGCACGAUGAUAUCGACAACAUCCGUGUUCCCUCAAAGAAGAUCUGGCUCCCUGACAUACUGCUGUAUAACUUCGCUGAUGACCGGCUCCAGGAACAAAGAGACGCCCUGGUGGUGGUGUCUGAAAGUGGAGAACUGUUGUGGAUGCCUCAAGCAAUUCUGCGGAGUUCCUGCUUAUUUGACACUUUGUAUUUCCCGUUUGACUCCCAAGAAUGCAGCCUUAAGUUCGGUUCGUGGACGUAUAACGGCGCAAAACUGAACAUAGACUUCGUGGCCAACCACGACAUGGACGUGAGUGACUUCGUACCCAGCAACGAGUGGGACAUCGUGGAGAACAAGGCAGUUCGCAAUGUGAAGUAUUACGCCUGCUGCCCCGAACCCUACCCUGACCUCACAUUCAGCCUCAAGCUUAAACGCAAGGUAGCGUUCUACACGUUCAUCCUGGUCCUACCCUGUGCCCUGCUGUCCCUCCUGACUCUCGUCAUCUUCUGGGUGCCGCCUGAAUCGCCGGCAAAGCUGCAGCUGGGUAUGAGUAUUUUUGUAGCCUUCUUCUUCCUGCUGUUGGUCUUAGCAGAGUCCACCCCACGUGCAGCUGCAUCAAUACCACUCAUAGGCGCCUAUUUUUGUCUGAGCAUGGUGUUGAUCACGGUGUCGACAGUCCUCGCCUGUAUCGUGGCUAACAUGUUCUUCAGGGGAGUCCGCAUCAAUCGAGCUCCCAAGUGGCUUAGAUCUUGCACUAUCAGGGGCAUCGCCACGCUUCUGUGUUUGCGGGAUAAGAUCUUGGAACCGGAAGAACUUAUAGAAACAAAGAAGACAUCAUCUAAAUCCUACUCGGACACAAAGACCAAGUACCCCGAAGCUGACUUUAAGUUCUCCAAGGUGCGACUGCUGGACAACGGUAUAGACUACCGGGUCACCCCGCAAACAGAGGGGUCCGAUUUGGAUGCUUUUCUAGAUCGAGGUGGAUUCCGUUCAGGCGCCAUUUUGGAGGAAGUGCGAGGCAUCCGGGACAUUCUGGAGAAGAACGAGGAGAAGAAACGUGUUCGUGAUGAAAGGGAGCGCUACAUCCGAGAGUGGCGUGUCAUAGCGUGUGUGACAGAUCGUUUCUUCUUCCUCCUCUACGUUAUCAUCAACAUCGUCGGCAUCACCGUCAUCUUCAAGGGACAGUGACACUCCUCUGCACUAAGGACGGCAAUAUCCUCAGUUGUGUCUUAUCCUCGUCUGUCUGUGCGCAGCAGAACCAUUCAGCCUUGGACUCUAUCUCAAACCACGCUUAUCCUAAACUAAAGGACACGACACCUUUAUCACAGAAGUCUCGUAAACUUUGACUGUGCAAUAUUCAUGGCACUAUAAACAUUAACAUUGCCAUGUACGGCGAUACAAAAUUGAAAUGUAUUCCCUUGUGUUGCAUACAAAUGUCAUGUUAUAGAAAAUGAGGAGUAUUUGAAGCUGAUUGUCGUGUAUAACAAAUACUCGAAGAACGUUACGAGUGCUCAUUAUUGUACACAUUAAAGAUGGAAUAGGGCUGCUGUUGUAUGUAAGUGGCGGACUGUAUGAGAUGGAUACAGCGAGGUAACUGGCACACGCUUUUGGUAGUCAAAUUGGACCAGUUGAUACACACACUGUAACACAAUUAAUGAUAUUAUACACUGUAUAUAUGUGUGUAUUCAAUAAGGCUGCAAUGCAGUGCGCGUGUCUGAUAGUGGUGUGUGUGUGUGUGUGUGUGUGUGUGUGAGAGAGAGAGAGAGAGAGAGAGAGAGAGAGAGAGAGAGAGAGAGAGAGAGAGAGAAUGUGGUGUGGGUGGAUGUUAGUGUGUUUGUGUGUGAGUAAAAGAGAGUAGGAUAGAGACAAUGAGUCUCAAUCUAUGUGUGUGUUAGACUUCACGUGUACAUUGUGUGUUAGCCUACAUCACGUCAAUGUGUGUAAACGUACAUGAUAUUCAUUGUGACCUAGCUUACAUCAUGUUCACUGCAUGCUAGUUACAUGAUGACAUUGUGUGCUGGCUCACAUCGUGGACACUGUGUUCUAGCUAGCCGUUUGCACAGUGUGUGCAUUACAGACUGAUUAACAAGGAAUUCCAAGUUACGUUUUACUACUCAAGUUCAACACGGGUUGUUUAUAGAUAAACUGUACAUCGAAGAACUGGUACCCACAAGCUUUAUAUACAUGUCGUGACGUAGUGGCUCACUCUGAUGUUGUCUGUGGUACCGUCUCCAGGUGUUGUCCGGUAGGAGCUUGCAGCCGCACCGUCAGUACACUCAGUCGGCCGACAGACGUAGUGCAUUGACGCUAAUGUAGUUGAGUUACACAGAAUGUACUAGCAUCGGAAGGACGCUGCUCUAGUAGAGGGUGCGCCAGGACGUUCUGUACAAGUAUAUGGGGACGCCAGUAAAUGUAGUAUUAAAGGGAGGACGCCAGACAUACAGUAAUACAGGGAGGACGCCAAGACACACUGUACUAGCAUAGUGGGUGGGGUGGGGUGGAGUGCCAGGAUAUACUGGACUGGCAUAUGGGGUGGGGAGUGCCAGGAUAUACUGCACCAGCAUAGGGGAGGAGUGCCAGGGUAUACUGGACGUGUGCGUGCGUGCGUGCGUGCGUGCGUGCGUGCGUGCGUGUGUGUGUGUGUGCCAUAGUAGCAUUAAGGUGACCAAGAAAUGUACGCCAAGAAAUGCCGUACUGGUAUAGGGAGGAUGGGGAGCCGAGUAAUGCCGCAAUGGUGAAGGAAGUACUUGUGGAUUACUUGUGUUGGUGGGAGACCAGGAACUGAUGUGUUAGUAUAUGGGGGCUCAAUAUGAGAAGAGUGGAACCGUAAGGUGAAUUUACGUGGUACUGUUUGGCUGGGCGGUACAGACGGGCUGGGCGGAUUAUGGAAAGUAGGCGUUACAGCGGCUCUAGGCGGUAUAGAGAGUAUACCUGGUAAAGAGGGACCUCAACGGAUAAGUGAGGCUGGGCGGUACAGACGGGCUGGCGGAUUAGGAAGGCUUGGCGUUAUAGAGAGUUUAUGUGGUGCAGAGGGUUUUGGCGGUCAAGCUGGGCUUGACAGACAAGGGUAGGUAGGCGUUACAGUGGCUUUGGGCAUUAUAGAGAGUAUACUUGGUAAAGAGAGUCUCAACAGAUGAGUGAGGCUAGACGUUACAGCGGGUCCAGGCAGUAUAGAGAGUAUACCUUGUAAAGAGGGCAUCAACGGAUUAGUGAGGCUGGGCGGAACAGCGGGUCUAGGCAUUAUAGAGAGUAUACCUGGUAAAGAGGGCAUCAACGGAUUAGUGCGGCUGGGCGGAACAGCGGAUCUGGGCAUUAUAGAGAGUAUACCUGGUAAAGAGGGUCUCAACGGACUAGGGAGGCUAGGCGGAACAGCCGAUCUGGGCGUCAUAGAGAGUAUACCUGGUAAAGAGGUCAUCAACGGAUUAGUGAGGCUAGGCGGUACAGCGGAUCUGGGCGGUAUAGAGAGUAUACCUGGUAAAGAGGCAUCAACGGACUAGGGAGGCUAGGCGGUAUAACGGGCUAGGCAGUAUAGAGAGUAUACCUGGUAAAGAGGGCGUCAACGGAUUAGUGAGUCUACAAUAGAUGUAGUACAAGGGGACAGAGCGGCUAGGUGGUAGGGCGGUAGAGACCUGGGCGGUUUAGAUGGUCUGCUCAACACGGAGGGUGGGAGGGUAGAGACAGAAACUCUAAGGCUAAUACGUAAAAGAUGUAUUGGGAAAGGAACUCAUUAUGACGCAGUAAACAUUGAACUGAAGUGCAAGUAUUCACUACCGAACGCGGGAUAAUCGAAUGGCAAUGAAUUCCUGUUUCGACUCGGUGUUAAACCCCUGUACAACUACAGCACUGAGACGUGUGUGACAUAUGCAAAUAUAUGUGGAUGUUAAGCUAUCAUAUGUGACGAUAUGCAAACACAGAAAUGUGCUUUACUCCCGUUAACCGUUGUCUCGUAUAUAUCUAGGAUGAGUGAGUGAUUUGGAGAAGAACGUCGCUUUCAACAAUACUAAAGUUGCAUCACGGCGUGUUUUAGUGUGUGAGGAAGCAAACUGACAAAUUCUUUAGACUGUUACCUCAUUGGUGAAGAUGUCAAGAUCCCAAUCGGGCGAAUCUUGGAUUCUUCCCACAAUCAGCGGAUCCUGGUCGCUAAGGUCGCUCAUUUGCAGCUGCUGACCACGUGUUCCCCCAAACCCCUCGAUGUCUUGUCUUUCCUUGAACGGAUAUCCCUCUAUUUUAGUACCGAGAGCCCUAAAUGUAUUCUAGCCGUCACUGCAUCCUAUUUUUGUAUAAACCUGUAGUCUUGUAGACCCAAUUACUGUUUUCCCCUAUAGCACAUCUUGUACUGCACCAGAUGGUUAAUAACUUCCUCAACGCAAGUGAUUUGUCCGCGUAGCCUAUCAUUGUAGACAAAGCCAGAUCGUAGGACAUGUGUUCGUUUAAAUCGAUGUCAUUAUUAGAGCUGGUUCCACUUUAUUUUGCCUGAUGUAAUGAGUGUUUCAAUGUAGAAGUGGACUGUUUUCUGUGCACCCCUUGACGGCAGGCUUGACUUGAUGGCGGGUCAUUUGGUGUUAGGGUCGGGCACGACGGGUCGGCGAGAUAACUAAUGCAUUGCUUCCCGACCUCUCGGCGGCACAUAGGUAUUAUACCACAUGACUUAUAGCACGAGUUCACCGAAGACUCCGCCUAGCCGAGGAAGGCGUAGCUUUUAUCUUCAGCUGAUCGUAAUUGGUUGUUUUUGUGAAGCACUUUCUGUUGCCCGUCCCGCCCCGUAGCCUGUCCGGGCUGACAAAAAUAGUCGGCUGGGCUGAGGUUGUGGAUACCUCAUAUAUAUCACAGUAAUGGUACAUUGUUCAGGCUGCACCUCUUCAUCUGCAUUUAGGGCACUGUGACCUCUCUUGUAACGACCAGUCACUAUGUGUAACAUACAGACCAGUUCCAACGAUUCUUAUAUCAAUAAAUUUAUAAAGCUA